CUCGCCUCCCAAGCCAUACAGUUCUUUGCGACCGCGACGCCGGCAACUCUCGCAGGACUCGGCGUCGGCAUCUCGGCGGUGACAUACGCUGUCCUUGGCCGGAUCGGCCUCGUGCUGAUAGGGGCGUUUGGCGGCGUCGUCUCCUUCAUCAUCUGGGAGUCAAAGAAUCCCGAGCUGGCAAAGGCGAUUCGCGGUGAGGAGGGCCCGCGGGUGCUGGACAGGGUCUGGGCAGACUUGACAGCCGUCAGAGCUCUGGAGAAGCAGGACGAGGAGGAGGAUGACGACUCGAACCGCAUGCGUGGCUUCGACGACUUUCGUCCGGAGACGAGAGAGGCGCUGAGCGGCCUUGUCGAUUCGAUUGUCCAGAACUAUAUCAACUGGUGGUACACGCCUCUUGUGCCUUCAGACCACGCCUUUCCCCUUUCUUGUCGCAAGACCAUCACGUCCUAUCUGCUGGCGAUAUCGAACCGCAUGUGUCGCAAGCGGCCGGCCGACGCCUUCCUCGACCUCCUGACCAACUCGACAUCCAUGAUCAUCGUCUUCCUCUCCGAACUCGCCACCGCCUUCUCCGAACUACCGCCCGACACGAACAUGAGCGCCGCCGAUACGAUAUACAACUACCUGGCGGAAAACCCCGACUCGCGCCUCGCCAAUCUGCUCAACAAGAGACAGCAGGCGACCAAGUUCAAAAUGGUGUCUGAGGACUUGCUCGCAUUCCUCGACAAGAGCGCCUACAACUGCGAUCCUGCACGCAUCUUCUUGCGCGAGAUUCUGGCAAACUCGGUGCUCGAGCAGACGCUGCAGCAGUGCAGCAGAGCCGAGUGGAUCAACGGCUGGAUCGUCUAUCUGUUGGAAGCGGGAGAGCCCAACUUGAAUCAAGCGAUUGACGUCGGCAUGCAGACCGGCCGUGACGUUGCCAACAAUGUCUUUGCCGAUUUGGACGGCAAUGUCGGCAACAUCGGCAUCGCAAAGCCUCGACGCGGUAGCAACGACCAAGGCCAGGCUCGACGGAAAGAGUCUGCUCACAAGAAGAAGCUGAGCAAGGCUGACGAGGAAUUGGAAGAGGCCAUGGAGGAAAUGAAACGAAUGAAUGCCAUGAUUGCAGAGGAUGACGAACGACGGAAACGAGCAUCGACCUUGACGGAGGCGUCUGAGCGCUCAAAGCAGAGCAUGGACUUGAUGAGGGGCGGAGAUGGGGAGGCUCAGAAGGGCGGCAAUGCCGCAGAAGCUUUAUCGCCGACUUCCAACCGGUACUCACCUCGCGGGGCGUCUGUCGAUGGCGUCUCGAGCAAAAGCGAUACGAUAUACACUCCUCAUACGCCACGGUCGACAGAUUCCGCCAGCCAAGCUUCAUCUCCAAGGGAGAACAAGGACCAGACUUUCACGAGCUUUGACCAAAUCGUGCCCCAAGGCCAACCCCAGCCCGAGAGCGAUGAGGAGGCGCCGCGAAAGGAGCCCCUUACUCUACACAAUGCCUCUUUCACGCUACACGACGAUGGCUCAGGGGACAUGGGCAAGAUCAAGAGCAAGCCGAACACGGACUAUCUCAUCCAGGUCGAGCCAUCUUCUUCUCACUAUCCCGGCUGGAUGAUUGUGCGGCGUUACUCCGACUUUGAGACACUUCACGAGAUCUUGAGGCGCAUUGCGGCAGUGUCGGGAGCCACAGCGUUUAUGGAACUGCACAAGGAGCUGCCCAGCUGGAAGAUCCACACGAGGGAGUCUCUUCGCGGCGAACUCGAGAGGUAUCUGCGGGAUGCUUGCUGGUAUCAGGCGCUGGCAGAAAGCGAGGGCAUGAAGCGGUUCCUCGAAAAGUCCCAGGGCCACACGCACGGCAACUCCAAAUCGUUUGGCUGGGAAACAAUGGGCAAGAACAUGCUCGAGGUGCUAUCCAUCGGCCCCAAAGGAGCCAUGGAAGGCGGCAAGAGUCUCGUCGGAGGCGUUAGCGGCGUCUUUGGCAACCUGGCGGGCCUGAGCCGCAAGUCGACUGCUCAGUCUUCGGUCGACGCUGGCGGACCUAAUGCAAACAGGUUAUCCAUCUCCUCUAAUCCGGCCAACCGGGUGGUGGAAAGCAUUGCAAGAUCGCCCGCGAGGUCGGAGCGUGCCAGUCUCGAUAGCCAGAGGUCAUCCGUGAUUGCUACUCAGCCGGGCAGGGUUGCGCCUAUGGAGCGGAUGCUCAGCUUCACGUCUCCCAACAGCAGCGAGACAGACCUGCGCCUGGGCCAACGAGGCCGGCUGGACUCUGUCUCCACGUCGGUAAGCGCUCGGCCCAGCAUGGAGCAUAGCAGAACGUCCAGCCUGGCCGCGCUUCGGUCACCUUCCUCGAUUAGCCUCGACUUCACCAAGCUUCCGCCGCCCCCCGACGAGAUUAGCGACGAUUACGAGUCUCCGGGACAUGACUUUGACCCCAAGGCGCGCAGGAGGGACGGCAGCAUCAUGGAGGACCCCAGCCGCAACAACAGCUCGCAGGCCCUGAACGGGUCGGCCUCCGCACCGGCGUUAUCCGGGAAGAAGUCCCAAGCGCAGGCGGCCCCCCAGACCCCGGCUAAGCCAGCACGCCAGUACACGCAGCUAAGCGAGGCGGAAACCCGGGUGGCUGUCGAGCUCAUCUUUGCCGUCAUCAACGAGAUGUACACGCUCUCGUCUGCAUGGAACAUCCGUCGCACACUCCUCGCUGCGGCCAAGUCGUUCCUGUUGCGGCCCGGCAACCCGUCGCUCCUGACGGUGCAGAACCUGAUCCAGUCGUCCGUGAUUGACGCCAACACGUCCGACGCAGGCAUCGCGACCCUCCUGCGCAAGGUACGAGAGAACACCAUGCCCACGGAGCAAGAGCAGGCGCUGUGGCCCGCGGAGCCGACGGAGGAGGAGAAGAAGCAGCUGGCCAUCAAGGCGCGCAAGCUGCUUAUCCAGAGCGGCGUGCCGGCGGCGCUGAUGGGCGUCAUGGGGCAGUCGGCCACGGGAGAGGCUCUGGGGCGGGUGUUUGACUGCUUGCAGAUUGAGGAGAUUGCCCGGGGGCUGAUUUUUGGCCUGAUACUGCAGGCGGCGAGGAUUCUUACGCACUGA